UCUCAGUGUUUGUAUUAUCUAAGGCGGUCAACGUAUUACGGAACUUGAAUAUCUAGUAUUCUAAUUUUAACUUAAUAAAGCGUUCGCUAAGGUUAAAUCGUGCUUUUGUUGUAAAAUUUAUUGAAGCAUGUGUUGUACAUUUAGUUACAUAGUUUCAAGUUAAGUCACUUAUGAAGACUGCAAUAGUGUGGAUCCGAUAUCUAAAAGUGUUUGUGUGUGUACAUCUGUUGGUUGUAUUAUAUAUUAUCUAACGAAAAAUGACUGUCAGGAAUGUGAAUUAUAUUAUCAAACUGUAUAAGUUCGAGCAAUGGAAACUUUAUAUACAGGUCAGGAACAAGCUUUGGAUUUACUCAAAGUAUUACAAAAGCUGCCUGUUGAUUUAGAACUUUUGACUAAAACUCGUAUUGGAAUGACCGUAAAUGCAUUGAGAAAAUCGAGUAGGGAUGAAGAAGUUAUUUCACUCUCCAAAACUCUUAUCAAAAAUUGGAAAAAAUUCUUAUCCGGAUCGAAUAAAGAAAAAGAUUCUACUUCUUCGAGCAGUUCAAAGAAGAGAGAUGAUAAAUCAGAGAAAAAUAAAGAUGAUGGAGAUCAGAAAAAAGACAAGGAUAGCACUGAUGGCGAUGCCAAAAUGAAAGAAGACAAAGCUCAUAAAGACAUGCAAAGGAAACAAUCAACAUUCCCUGCUCCUACCACAACAGACGCUGUUAGGCUCAAAUGCAGAGAACUAUUGGCAGCGGCUUUGCGAGUGGAUGGAAAAACAAUUGAAGGAUGUGCUUCUCCAGAAGAACUAGCUGAGGAGUUAGAGGAAGCAAUUUAUGCAGAAUUCAAAAAUACUGAUAACAGAUACAAAAAUAGAGUGCGAAGCAGGGUAGCAAACUUGCGUGAUGCAAAGAAUCCCAAUCUUCGAACUAACUUUAUUGCCGGUGCUAUAACACCCGCCCGACUUGCUGUGAUGACUGCUGAAGAAAUGGCAAGUGACGAGAUAAAACAGCUACGAGAACAGUUCAAAAAAGAAGCAAUUAACGACGCGCAACUUGCUACUGUGCAAGGAACAAAAACUGAUUUAUUGAAAUGUGGUAAAUGCAAGAAACGCAACUGCACUUACAACCAAGUACAAACGCGUUCAGCUGAUGAACCUAUGACUACUUUCGUGUUAUGCAAUGAAUGCGGGAAUCGAUGGAAGUUUUGCUAAAUAACUUGAUUUUUCAAAGUCUUCUUCGAGGAGGAAAUGUAUUUCGUUCAAAACCUGCCUAUUAACAUUCGCUAGAGUCAACGAAACAACAGUGAAGAUGAUAUAUUACAUGAAAUUUACAAGACAUGGACUGUACAUUGAUGGUUUGGUGAAUUUUUAAUUCCUCCACAAAUAUUCAAUUCCUAUUGUAUAUAUUAAAAUUCUAAUCUAAUAUGUCUCGAACUUAAAGAAGUUUACAUCAAACCUGAAAACAAAUUCGAUUAGUUAGAGGAAUUAACUUCAAAUCAUUAAUUAGUGCUCUAAACUCUAAAACGUGUGUGAAUGAUAUUAAAAUGAAAAUGACUUUUCAUUUUACACUGUACAACUUCUGAUAGUGUUUUAACCAUGGAAAAGUUCUCACUUGUGGGUACAGUUCUGAAAUACAUACAUGUGACUAUAAUGCAGUAGUUUUGCAACCCUAUACAUGAUGAAAAUUAAGACAUUACUCCUAAAGAUAAGGAGAAUUUUUGGUUUUGUAAUUAGAAGUCUCGUUUUUAUUUAAGCUGUUCAAUUUUUUGUUUUACUUGUACAGCUAUGAGUUUUGAAUAUAAAGUAGUGAAUUGUAAAAGAAAGGUAAAAUUUAAAUUCGUUUUGUGCGGAAUUUUUAGCACUGAAAUAAUUAGAUCUUAUUUUAGUUUCAGUACAUGAAACGAAACGAGACGCAGUAUAUUUUUUACUAGCACUUUUGCUGGUUCAUCUGAAUGAUGUGUGUGUACAUCCCUUAAUUUUAAUAUGAGCAUUCUAUUUGAAAAUUUUAAUAGCGGAAAUGAUCCUUUAAAAGGUUAUACCGCUUACAUCGUGAGAAAACAUACAGACUGUGGUAAAAAUAAUUUGUAAAAUUAGCUCCUCAAACAAAUGGCGCCGUUCGUUGCAAAACAGUCAAAUUGUAUGAACUGAAUAUUAAUUUUAUAUCCUCGUUUUGUGUUAAGAUUAACGCAUUUGGACUGAUGUAAUUAGAAAAUAUUUAAAAAAAGCUCGAAUUUUAUAAGACAUACAAUAUUUUUGCAAACUGUUUUCAUGUUUUAUGAAAAUCUAAUGAAUUUGUCGCUACAAACAUCGAUUCUAUGAAGAUCAUGGUAUUUUUCUGCUGCUGGAAUUACAACACGUUGAAACGUCUGUAUUUCAACAAACGAUAAAUAAAGAUUUAAAAAUCAAAGGAAGACAUAAUAGAGAUUUUAAUCUAGGCCAUUAUACGACAAUUUUGGCGCUUUGAAACUAGAAUCUGAAAGAUUCUAGAAUACAUAUCGGUGUAACCGAGCUAAGACAGGACAGGGCAAUGAAUUUUUUCAGAACAAAAAAAAUUGUAUCGAAAUUACUUAAGUUUUAAGUACGCUAUCACAGACGAGGUAUAAUACUUUAUGAGAUAUUAUACCUCGUGUGUGAUGGGACAAAAUAAUAAACAUUGAAUUGUUCCAGUUGCUGCGACCCUAUUCAAGCAUAUCACCAGCCGGGGUGUUUAUCAAAAUAUUUACAAAAUCUCAGUUAUACCGGAUACGUGAAAUCUUUAAAGCGGUAAAAAUUUCACAUUCGAUAAACAAGUCGACCAUGUUGCGUGUGCAAAAAUAUGUUUUGUUGUGUUCGGUGCCAAAAACGACACGAGAAGACUUGUGGCGUCCACUUUCCCACCUCUCCGAGAGAGGGCUCAGACUUCGAGCCUUUCUCGCUACUAAGUAUCGAAAAAAAAUAAUUUUUAAAAAUCCACUUUCUUGUCCCGGAUUGGUGACGCCACAUAGUGCGAGACCGCUGAAACUUCUAGCCAAAUAGUACCAGAUUGUCUCCGUUAGGUGGCGUAACCAAAUCAACUAUCUCUGUCCUCCUUACUCGCAUAUAUACCUACAAUUUGCCUCUCUCAGUGUCGUCGGCUUGUCGGUUAAAUGUGCACAAGGGCAGGGGGUGACGUUCACUCGUCGCGUUCGGCCCGAUUGUACGGCGUUUUAGUUUCGGCACGUUCUUGCUAUUAUCCGUUUGCUUUCUUUGUCUCGCUGGACCAAUAACAAAGACGUGCCGAAACUGAUGAUAGCCGACAGAGCGGGUUCCAGAUGAGGAGAGGCGAGCU